GUAAUACCGCGUUUCUGAAGAAACGCAAGCACGGCUGGGGCGAGGACAUCUUCCUGUUGGUGUUUCCCUUUCUCAUUUCCUCUGCUCUGAAGUUUCCACCUGGAUAUUUUGCUUCAGUAUGCUGUGCUUUGUGAUGGCUGGCCAGGUGUUUUGGCAAUGCUGCUCACCAGAUACUAUUCUUAUAUUAAAAAAAAAUUGGCAUUAUUUAUAAAUUAUACAAAUGUUUAAUGAUGUGGAUGAAUGUGCCCUGGGGCUUGAUGACUGCCACCCAGAUGCUAUUUGCCAAAACACCCCGAAGCUGUACAAGUGCAUGUGCAAAGUGGGGUAUACUGGCGAAGGGAGGAAAUGUGAAGACAUUGAUGAAUGUGAUAACGACUUCAAUGGAGGCUGCGUCCACGAGUGUUUUAACAUUCCAGGAAAUUACCGCUGUACUUGCUACGAUGGCUUUAUGUUGGCUCAUGAUGGCCACAACUGCCUGGAUACAGAUGAAUGCAUGUUCAACAACGGUGGUUGCCAGCAUGUUUGUGUCAACACUGUGGGGAGCUACGAAUGUCGCUGUAAGGAAGGGUUCUUUCUAAGUGAUAACCAGCAUACGUGCAUCCACCGCUCAGAAGAAGGCAUGAGCUGCAUGAAUAAAGAUCAUGGCUGUGCCCACAUCUGCAGAGAAACACCCAAAGGAGGAGUUGCCUGUGAAUGCCGACCAGGAUUUGAACUGUCCAAGAACCAGAGGAGCUGCAUUUUAACAUGUAAUCAUGGAAAUGGUGGCUGUCAACAUACAUGUGAUGAUGCUGAUAAUGGUCCUAUUUGUGGAUGUCACCCCAAGUACAUCAUGCAUGCGGAUGGGAAAACCUGCCUGGAGACGGAAGAGGCUGCUAUUGAAAUUUCUGAGGGAAACACUACAGCAGGAGCUGAUGUGGACAAGAGGGUGAAGCGACGGUUGCUUAUGGAAACAUGUGCAGUAAAUAAUGGUGGCUGUGAUCGUACCUGUAAAGAUACAUCAACUGGAGUUCACUGCAGCUGUCCUGUUGGAUUCACGCUCCAGUUUGAUGGGAAGACAUGUAAAGAUAUUGAUGAAUGCCAGUCCAACAAUGGAGGCUGUGAUCAUUUCUGUAAAAACAGUGUUGGCAGUUUUGAUUGCAGCUGCAGAAAAGGGUUUAAAUUAUUAACAGAUGAGAAGUCUUGUCAAGACGUUGAUGAAUGCUCAUUUGAACGGACAUGCGACCACACAUGCAUCAAUCAUCCAGGCACCUUUGAGUGUACUUGCAACAAAGGAUAUGCUCUCUAUGGCUUCACACAUUGUGGAGAUAUUAAUGAGUGUAGUGUCAACAAUGGUGGUUGUCAACAGCUGUGUGUGAACACGCUGGGAGACUAUGAAUGCCUGUGUCACUCUAACUACAAAUUACACUGGAAUAAAAAGGAUUGUGUUGAGACAAAGGGUCCCUUGCCUGGUAGUGUGUCACCCAAGGUAUUGCUGCACUGCAUUAAGAGCGGUGGGAGUGAUAGAUGCUUCUUAAGCUGCUCUUCGGAUGUCCAGGUAUUUUCUGGAGUCUUCAGUCUGUGCACAGUGCCUGUGUCUUUACUGUCUGUCUGUAUGGUCUGUCUGUUAGGAACACAAGAUGCCUACACCCUCACCUGUGGCAAGUCAUCUCAGCUUAAGAAAAAGCAGCAAAAUACAAAUGCAUCCAGCUGGCAGGAUACUUCAGCCAUCAAGAUAAGCGUAACCUUUAAAUUAAAUGAAGGAAAAUGUAGUUUGAAAAAGACUGAGAUGUUUCAAGAAGGUCUGGAAGAGAUGAUACCAGAGAGACAUAAUUCAGUAAUGGAGAGCUUCCACUAUGUAAACCUAACAUGCAGCUCUGGCAAGAAAGUUCAUGGAGCCCUCAGUAGACUGACAACGACUAGAGAGAUUUUUAUCACUGCGGACUUUGAGCUUGAAACAAGCCAAAAGGAGGUGACAGACACAUGUGAUGUGCGCUGUGCUCGGAAAAAGACUGAAAAGAGAUUCCGUAAAACCAUUCGAACCUUACGGAAGACAGUCAGCAGGGACCAGUUCCGCAUUCGUGUCUCUGGCAUGGACCACGAAGUGGCCAGAAAGUCUCUCAAGCUGUCAGAGCCGCAGCAGUCUUGUGGUGUAGGACAGAUACAUGUGGGUAAUAGAUGUGAUCAGUGCUCACCAGGUGAAUAUUCUCCCGACGGCUUCAAACCCUGUCUGCCAUGUCCCCUUGGAACGUACCAGCCUGAAGCUGGGAGAGUAUCCUGCUUUCCCUGCGGAGGAGGUCUAACAACAAGACACAGCAGUGCAUUCUUGUUUCAGGACUGUGAGACCAAAGUUCAGUGUUCACCUGGCCAUUUUUAUAACACCACAACUCAUCGGUGCAUUCGCUGCACAGUUGGGACAUACCAGCCUGAGUUUGGACAAAAUCACUGCAUUUCAUGCCCUGGAAACACCACUACUGAUUUUGAUGGGUCAACAAAUAUAACACAGUGCAAAAAUAGGCAGUGUGGUGGUGAACUGGGAGAUUACACUGGAUAUAUUGAAUCACCAAACUAUCCUGGGGACUAUCCUGCAAACACUGAGUGCACUUGGAAUAUUAACCCACCGCCAAAGCGCCGUAUUCUCAUUGUGGUUCCAGAAAUAUUUCUACCAAUAGAAGAUGAGUGUGGAGACUACCUGGUGAUGCGAAAAAGCUCUUCUUCCAACUCAGUGACCACGUAUGAAACUUGUCAAACCUACGAACGUCCUAUAGCUUUCACUUCUAGGUCUAAGAAGCUGUGGAUCCAGUUCAAGUCGAAUGAAGGGAACAGUGCCAAAGGAUUCCAAGUUCCUUAUGUAACGUAUGAUGAGGAUUACCAAGAACUAAUAGAAGACAUUGUUCGGGAUGGUAGACUUUAUGCAUCUGAAAAUCAUCAAGAAAUACUUAAGGACAAAAAACUGAUAAAAGCAUUGUUCGACGUGUUGGCACAUCCACAGAACUACUUCAAGUACACAGCCCAAGAGUCAAGAGAGAUGUUCCCAAGAUCUUUCAUUCGGCUGCUGCGCUCUAAAGUUUCCAGAUUUUUGAGGCCAUACAAAUAGUUGGCACUGUAGUUAAAAAAUUAACCAUCCCUGGGCAUGCACAGAGGGGUUGUGGUAGGUGGGGCUGCUUUCUGUGUUUUACACACUGGCAGAGAAACUCCAGGGAAGCUUGCCAGCUCCAUUCUUGGCAGAGUUUGGCUUUCUCAGCUAAUACAAAUAUUUUGGUGAACAGAAUUUUGAUUCCUUUCCAGAUAAUACCUUUUGGGUACCAAGUAUACUUUAUGGGUCUCUGAAUUGGAGACUGCCCAUAAUUUCUGUAACUGAAUGGUGCCAAGCAGAAGUUUGUAGCAGACCUCUGCCCUGUUGCUUCGUCAGUAACUCUAAAAGCUAAUGAAGACAGACAGGCUAAGUAGUGUGGUUUGGGAUGAACUCUGGGCUGCCAUUAAUGCAUGUUACCUCAACAAAACUGGGUUCAUGUUUGGUCUUGAUGAAAGUGAGAACAAGAUUGAUGUCUAUCUUAACUUUUUCUACACAGGAAAUUCAGAGCUAAGAUUGAAAUAGUUUUGGUCCAAACCAGUGAAUCUAAGAAUUGCACAAGGUGUAAUUUUUCUCUGAACUCUAUGUUGUAUGAGGCAUAUGGAGGAAUAAGCAAAGGGUUGAAUAUUAGCUUGAAUGCUCUGGGUCUGGAUCACACUGUGUUCGUGCUAAUGACCUAUUGGUUUAAAUGGAGUGAUACCAGAAUAAAACCAGGGCACCACAGUAAUGGAAAACAGACCCUGACCUGCUGGACGCUUCCAUUUUGGUCUGGCUGCAUAUGUUACAACAGAACAGAUUUUUUGCUAAAGCCCAGUGCUCUCCCUGUGCAUGGGCCUGGAACAGCAUGAGGCACUGGCUCUUCUAAAUAGUAUAAAAUUCUGUCCUCUGAGCACCUGCAGUUGAACACAGAAGCUCCAUUUUAAAUGCAGGCUUUGUAUAGAUUAUGCUCUUGUACAUCACUGUUUAAACCUGUAUAAGGUUCUUAUAUGAGCCUCAAUCCUUAUAUUCCUUACCUUGUCUCAGCACCUUGCAAUGACUUUGUUGAGCAGAGAAGGGCUGUUUUCCCUGUCGUGCUGGAGAAAAGUAGAUGUACAAAGAUAUUCCUCAACCAGACUGUGGCUACAGGAGUUGUCUAUGACAAAAUGCUGUUCAAGAUUCCCAAACUCUGUGUCCUUUUCCUCAGAUUGUUUUUCUGAUGUGAGGGAAGGCUCUUCUGAAAGGGCCUGUAGGGAGAACUGUGUUGAUCAAAAUGCUGUCUCAGUGCUUUUCUGUCCACACUUACAUUACAUUGCUGUCCUCUGGCCAUGCAAACAGUUUCCUCAGUGUAAUCAACCUUCUGGGCCUUUUGUCUUGAAGGGGGAUGGCCGCAGUCCUGCUCAUUUGGAGGUGGAUUUACGACCUCUGUCUUUCGGUCACUGGCAGUGCUGAGUGGUGCGGUGGGUGCCCAGCUUCCUCUGUGUGCCCCCUUAGGAAAGGUACUGAGAUUUCACAGUGUAGCCAGGACAAAUGCUCCAUUUCCUAGGGUGUGGAGUUAUAUCUCCCUGGGUUUCAUUGCAUUGGUAUGUGGUAUUUAACUGUUGUAUGUGAAUAAUACCACGUCCGCAGUGUGACAGAUGAAACCCUCAUCAACAGGCAGGGUCUGAAUCUCUUCCAUACCCUGCUAGGAGCAAAUGAAUACUACCAAAUGCAGCCUUGCUGAACUGUCGUGCCGUGGCAGCCCUGUUCUGUGGCCUCUGAGGCAGUGCAGCCUGCCGUGUGGUAAGGACACGUCUUGGUGGUGGUGUGACGGGAAGGGGCAGCGGCCUUAGCCCACAGCUGGGGAGCAGAGCCUCUCAGGGUGGGGCGAUGUGACGCUGUGUUCCUCUUGCUGGUGCCCUGAAAGAAUUGCCACGGUCUGGGCGAGGGGGGAAAGGGCUUGUGUUACUGCCAAGAGGGAGAACUGUGUCCUCACUGGCUGCACUGGGGCUCCUGCUCCUGCUCCAGAGCUGCUUGUGGGUUUCUGUGGCAGGGUGGUGAGCACCCGUUCCAGGAACGGGGCUGCCAGACCUGCAGCAAGGGGAGCAGACAGGCUUGGCGGGGAAGAGGGAGGCAGGGGGUGAAUUAGCACAACAGAGGGGAAGGAGCAGAGGUCCGUGUGUGCUUCAUCCUGACCGGCAUCCCCACUGCCUUUGUGGGGAGGGAGGACGUGGAUUAUCUAGAAGGAAGGUAUGAGGCAGAAUGAUUGGUGAGACGAAUGGCUGAGGAAUGCCAAAACAAGAGGAAAGGUGGUGAGAAAGGCUUGCUACGUCUGUGGUGAAGUGUACUGUUGUGGUGAGAUCCCAGGAAGGUAUUUCACGGUAGUUCCCCUCUGGCUGCACAGCCCCUAUCUCGCUCCUGUUCCUGGCUUCCCAUGCCAGAUGCAGUGUGUCAGUGAGCCGCAACGACCCACCAACCAUCUCUGUGUGGCAGUGGAGCAUUUUGAAAUGGGUGAGAUGCUGCAGCUCUGCUUGGAGUGCACGGGUGAGUUAGAGGCCUGCUGGUGGGGUGCUGGGAGGAGAGGACCAUGGUGUGCCAGCUUCUGGGCCAAGCCCAGCAGAGUGGCUUUGCUGUGGUCUGUGUGCUCCCUGCCAAGGGAGGUAAGCCAGUUCUUGCUGUAUUCCCUCACAAGAAGGCUACAGAACCGAACAUUUCUGGUUUGUGUUGUUAAGUGACAUACAGGUCGGGGUGAUUGGUGUCAACAAGGGUUCAGGAAAACAAAAGUUGUGAAACAUCCAAAUAUUUUAAUUGGUGAAAUUGGUCUUUUUUGCUCUGUGCAUGAGUUACUGACUUGAGCUCUGCGUUCAUUGCACUGCAUCUCAUCUUGGCACGCUGUUCUAGCUCUGCACGGCUGCUCUGGGACCAAUGUCUCGCCUUUGGUUUGUACGGUGGAUCUCAGCUUUGCUUCUCUGUUGCCCCUGUGUGCACGGGCCAUUUUCAUUAUUGUCUGUGGAAGGAGAGGAGUGUAUCAGUGUGGUGUAUGGUGUAAAGUUGAGGAGAAAAACCUGCCUUUUCUUGAAGAAGUAUCCUUUUUGCUCCAGAGCCCUGUUUGUUUUCUGCAUAAAAAGUAAAUGACUCAGAAGCACUUGAUCUGACAUUAUGAAUCAAAAUUUCCCCUUUUACUGUAGAUCCUGUGUGUGCAGGAAAAAGCGAAGAGGAAUGUUUUGCCAUCUUAAAAAUUGGGAGAAGGGAUGACUGUUGCAGAAUGUUGUAACACUUGGCAUUGUAUCUUCAUAGCGAUGGUAGUGGCUCUGUAGAAAUGUUAAUUUCUACUUUCUGUGUGGUUGUAGACUGAUGUUAUUUUUUGGCAACAAAUGAUUCAAAAAGUGUUUAACCUUAUAAAACAGGAUUUAACUUUUGAAAUAAUAAUUAGUGUUAACUGGAUGACAUAAUGUCACCUACAUGAGAUAAGCGUAAGGAUCUUUUUCAUGAUUGUAAAUUAAUGUAAAAUGUUUCAGACUGUUACUCUUAAUAAGAGAAAUAAACCAGUGAACUUUUAGUUGCA